AGGCAUUAACAUGCACAAAAAACAACACAAGUCACGGAAAUCCAAAUGAUGCCAAAAAAAAAAAAAAAAAAAAAAAGAAGAAGGCAACCCGCAAACAGUUUGGGAGACUGAUGCGGGAUUCGAACCUCUCGCCGGCGCGUGAAUAGCUGCAGAAAAACAAGAAGAAGAAGUUGCUGCAAACAUGUGAGUUUGAAAUGAGUUGAAAUUGCGCGUCGGGCAACAAAAGAGCGACAUGAACAAUGGCAGAGAGACACAAGAGGAGAGGCUGCAGCCGCCAAGUCUCCAAGUCGGGCUGCCGGGCCGCCGAUAGAAGCCAGCCGGACAAACGUGACGAGCGGGAGGCAGGCGGCCGCCUUCCCCCGCACGAGCAGCAGCGUCAUGCCAGCGCGCCAAGGAAACUUUCCAAAAUCUCCGCCGCCGCCGCGACCGCAGAGCCAAAGAAAGCCUCCUCCGCCCCUCUCUCCUCCAUUGCUCCCUCCAUCCGCCAGCUCACCGAGCGAUUCAGCAGCGCAGCCCGGCCUGGGGACACUGCAGCGGCGCCGCGUGGCUCGAAGGACGGCGGUGGACGCGCGGGACGCCCCCCCCUGGACGGGACUUUUCUGAAAAACUUCCCCUCGGACUCGGACUCGGAGAAAAAAAGCGAAAGGCGGACUUCGGCGGCGGAAAAACCCGGUAAGAGAGAUCCUUUCCCCACUUUGAGUAGUCACCAUGAAGAGGACGUCAAAUCGGAUUUUAUCCACUUGAACUCGGACAAAUGGCCCAGCGUGACCAAAAUAAGACGGCUGUUUGAUGAGAGACAAAGCCGGGCCGCGGAACCUCUCUCCUCGGCUUUAUCUUGGCCCCAGGCGAGCUUAGUCCGAGGGCACGGCGCGAUGGACUACCAGCAACCGUGCUCGCUCGACGAGGAGGCGGCGUUUGGCAAGCGUAAAGUCAGAAGCAAGUUUCACAACAGCCUCGGUAGCUGCUCUCAGAAAAGUAACUCGUCUCCGUUCAGCUCCGAGGCAGAGGCUGCCGCCGCUAAGACCCCCGCGCUGAUAGAGUUGACACCUGACCCCCUCGCUGACCUUCAGACCUCUGCUACUACUUCCCGGAGCGGUUCCUCGUGCGCGUCCUUUCUUCAGGAGCCGAUAUUGAGGGAGAGAAGGGUUAGACAGGGGGUCGGGCUGCCCAGGGAUAGUUUACAUUCCUCACAUAGCUCCUCUACAGCCCAGGCCUCCCCCUCCUGCUCCCCCUUGUGUGCUCCAGCUCCAGAUAAAGCCAUUACCUUCUCCUCUACUGUAGCUCCGUCCUCAGCCCCCGCUAGAGUUGACCUUCCGCGCAGCUCCUCGUGGAGGUUCAGCUCCGGAGACGAAGAGGAAGGACGCAGACGGAGAAUAAAAGGUCUGGGUGGCCCCUCUCAUCCUCUAGCCGGUUUUUUAUCACACAGUAAAAACGGCCGGUGGAGUACGAAGAGCAUCGGCCGGUCGUCCGGCAGCGAGGAAGAGAGCCCGGGUUCUUUAGGCCCGUCCGGUCGGGAGGCGGUACGCCGGCGCUCUCUAAGGAAGAAGAAGAAGUUCUGUGGCCGUGAUGACGAUCAUGAUGGCGAAUCGGAAGACAGCGACAGCGACAGUCCCAUGACAAUGGAGCGCUCGGAUCGGCACCGCCAAGGGAACCUAAGAGGAGAACUGGCGCUGAGGUUAUCCCGGAGCCACUCCGCAAGAGAAGCCGCCGUUCAUAGUAACAGAGCCCGGGUGCAGCAGCAAUGGGAGCGAAUCACUUCACCAGCGCCGACCACAUCGCUUCCCGGCGUGUCACGGGUGUCAAAAGUCAACAUCCCCUCUUUUGUUUCCAGUCCGGGUGCGUCCCGAUGCAGUAGUCGAUAUUCCAGCACUGAGACGCUGAAGGAAGAGGACCAGGCUGGCUGCACCAACAGGUUGUCUCACACAGCUAAAAAUGCAUCCUCGUCCGUGUUAAGUAAAACGUAUUAUGGAAAUUUUACGAUGUACCGUUCCCCUAGCUUCGGACACGGAGAUAAUUACCCCCGUGCACAAGUCCGGAUGCACCCCAAGAUCGCUUCCUCUUAUGUGACGGCUGCAAGGGUCGGUGGGACCGGGACGUCGCAGCAGACAACAGGAAGUGACCGAGCAGAAGAGACGAAUGGAAUAUCCAAGUCCAACCCUGAUAUCGCGACAGAAACAAUGACUCUUUUAAACUUCCUCAAAUCGGACCUGUCGGAGCUCAAAGUGCGGAAAACUAGCGAGGGAGAGAAAUGUGGAACGAGCUCGCAGAGUCACGUCGGACCGUCCGCUCGCCGCCUGUCCCUGAAAGACCUGACAGCCACCCUGCGCCGCGCCAAGUCCUUCACUUACUCGGGCAAAUGUUCAACAGCCGGGCGCUGUUACCUGGCAGGUGACACCACGAAGAGGAGUUCCUCCGAGCAACAGCUCGACUUGGACAGCGAGAAGAAUGCAGGCCGGGCGGUUGUGUCAGAGAGGGAAGUAGAAAGUGACGGAGGCGAUUUUAGGGUCGGACGAGGACAACGGUUGUUGGAUUAUGGCUACCAUGACGAGGAUGAGGAAGUGAUGCCGGCGCCAUUGCAGGAAAGAUAUGUGCAGGAAGCCAGGCAGGUUAUUCAGGACAUCUGCCAGAUGAACACCAGAAAUGAUGAUGACGAUGAUGUGAACACUGUAAAGGACUUCAAGAAAACAAAUGAGGAGAAGAGGAAAGGAACAAGUAUGGAAGGUGAAACAGAAACGGACCAGGGGGCUGAGUUGGAGACCACAAAGGAAAGGAAUAAACAUGAGCAGGAGAGAGAGAAUGGGAAGAGGGAGAAGAGCGGGAGGGAUGAACAAAGUAUGCAGCUGGAGAAGCUAAACAGUCGAGACUGCCAGGAGAAGGUGAAGAGACAGAACAGAGAGACCGCCAGGGCAUUAAGGAAGGAGGACUCGGAGGAAAGUGUCUUCUACGACCGAUCUGUGGAGGAACUGUCCGGCCACGAGUCCAGUUUAACAGAUGAAGGGAUUGUAACGGAGCCGGAGAUCGGCCCCGGUGACCCCUUCGAGAGGGUUUUCGUGGGGUCAAGGGAGGUUAAUUUGGGGUCACACAUUGCUAGGGAUGUACUAGGGCAGCCCGUCACCAUAUGGAAACAAUCCGCACUCCACAAGGAGGAAGGGCUUAAGAAAGAAAGAGAGGAAAUGAUGGAGAACAACACGGGUUGUUCAAAUCAUCUGAAUGAAGUCUGCAUACCUUCAUCCUUGCCUCACUCCUGUUUGGAGGAGGGUGACGACGCCAUCAUCACGGACUUGGAUACCACUGGUAGCAACGCUGGCACGGCAGGACCGGCAACCCCCAUCCGGCGAAGGCGCAAGUUCUCCCCUCCCGGCAACGUUCACACAGCCUCAGAGGUUAGUAACACAAACCUGACCGCAGCUGAUGUGGAGUCCACUGUUUAUCGCUCCCUGAGUGACCCCAUGCCUCAGAGAAGCGCCUCUGUGGCAGAGAAGGACAUGUUUUCCUCCGUUGACAGCAACCUUCUAGGAUCUUUAGCUGUCAGAGGAGAGCCCCCAGAGUCCUCAGCUAUGCCCACCUUGGCUGAAGACAAAGGAAGUGUGGCCAGCGACUUGUCAGGAUACAGUGACGGAGGACUCCGGGAUGAUGUUGUCACCGACUACAGUGGCGUCAUCCGGAGCAUUGUCGCCGAGCCAGGAGCCAUGGACGGACUGAUAACGGACGAUCAUGCUAGUUGUAAAGCUCCCAAGAAGAAAUCGUUUAGUGACCCCAGUCGCCGCAGCGAUGCAUCUUUACUUUCCCACAACGACUGUCAGUCCAAAGGUCAGUCCAGCAGCACUGAGCCAAUCAACGAGCUGGGUCAGUCAGGCCUGAUCCCACCUUCCAGCAGUGAACCGAUUUUGAGCCAGCAAGUAGAAAGAGUCGAAGUGGAACGGCAGCCUAAGGAGGAAACGGUGAAACAGUCGCAUGAUUGUCACCACGGAAACAGCGAUACUGGACAAAAGGCUCCUUCCCAACCUGACACUCCUGACUGCGAAGAUGAUGUCAUGGAUCAAAACAGACAAAAGAAAGCAGAGGAAACAAGAAGGUUCAACUUCGACCUCAAGCUGGCGGAGGCGUUAUCCCCGCGAAUGGUUCGGCGCUCCCCUAGAAAACGUCCAAACAGGUUGGCUCAGUUUUUUUCCCACGAAGACCCCUUUGAGCCCGCAGAACUAGAGGAGCUAGAUGCAUCUGGACUCACCCCUCCUCCUCCCGCAUCCAAGCCCAAGAACAGACCGAAGCACGUACGGCAUGCCAGUGAGCCGGCCACCUUCAUACCCAUCUCGCCGCCACCUCGACCACAGCCUCUCUCAGGUUCUCCGGCCUUGAGGAAGGCCCCUGUAGAAGAGACCCCAUUUCUGGAGGAGGCCACCCAGAAAUACUUCCUAGAGACUUCUGAAAGAGUAGCAGAGGGCACAGGGCCUCUCCCUCCUCCUAGGGACGGGGCUGAAGAGUCUGCGUCUGCACCCAGCGAGACCCGCGCCAGUCCAAGCACAGGAGUACCGCACCCUGGCUCGGACCAUGCACCAUCUGCACCAGCGCCCCAGAGGACCAAGCCGAGAGUGGACAUGAGGAAACAUGUGAUGCUGACCCUGCUGGACACGGAGAGGUCCUACGUGGACUCCCUGCGUACGCUCACUCAGGGCUACAUGCGUCCUCUCAAGCAACCGGACGGCGGCUCCAUUGUGGACCCACUGCUGGUGGACGAGAUGUUCUACCAGAUCCCCGAGAUCCUGGAGCAUCACGAGGACUUCCUGGAGCAGGUGGACGGCUGUGUGGACCAAUGGCAUGACCGGCAGACAGUCGGACACAUCCUCAUCCAAUCUUUCUCCAAAGAGACACUUGCCAACAUGUACUCCGCCUACAUCGACAACUUUCUAAAUGCCAAAGAUGCUGUUCGGGUGGCGAAGGAGGCCAAGCCAGCCUUUCACAAGUUUCUGGAGCAAAACAUGCGUGAGAACAAAGAGAAGCAGGCUCUUGGAGACCUGAUGAUCAAACCCGUGCAGAGGAUCCCAAGAUAUGAGCUCCUGGUGAAGGAUCUGCUGAAGCACACUCCAGAGGACCACCCGGACCACCCCUCCCUCCUGGACGCCCAGCGCGACAUCAAGCGUCUGGCGGAGAAGAUCAACAAAGGACGGCGCUCUGCCGAGGAGGCGGAGAAGGAGGCCAGGGUCAUCCAGGAGAUCGAGGCCCACAUCGAGGGAGUGGAACAUAUCUUGAAUCCCCAAAGGAAGUUCCUGAGACAGGAGAUGGUCAUGGAGGCGAAGACGGUGGGCGGCAAGAAGGACCGCUCCCUCUUCCUCUUCAGCGACCUGAUCAUCUGCACCACUCUCAAGAGGAAGUCUGGAUCACUGAGGCGCAGCUCCAUGAGUCUAUACUCAGCUGCCAGUGUCAUUGAUACUUCAAGCAAGUACAAGUUCUUGUGGAAGCUUCCCCUGGAGGACGUGGAGGUGGUCAAAAGUUCUACGCAAACAACGAACAAAGAGAACGUCCAGAAAACCAUCAGUCGACUAGACGAGGACGUCAGCACCUUGGGGCAAAUCAGCAAACUGUCUGAGACCCUCAAUUGUCCGCACCAGCCCUUAGACGAGGUGCUGAAGGAGCUGCUGGCCUCGGUGCACAAGGAGCUGUCAGAGAAGCAGUCCUUGGCCUUCAACAUGACCUUCCUGCCCACCAAGCUGGAGUUAGCCGCCGUCUCGGCCGAGAGCAGUUUCGUCUUCGAGUUCUCGUCCCCCGACGCCCGCUCCAACUUCGAGCAGGCCUUCGAGGAAGCAAAGAAGAAACUGGCCAUGAACAAGGACCAAUGGGACCCCGAGUUCCUGAAGGCCAUACCCAUCAUGAAGACUCGCAGUGGAAUGCAGUUUUCCUGCGCCUCCCCGAGCCACACCUGUCCCGAAAGCGGCUGUGAGGUGUGGGUGUGCAACAGCGACGGCUACGUCGGACAGGUGUGUCUCCUGAAUAUCAAAGAUGAGCCCACAGUGGAGGCCUGUAUCGCCGUGUGCUCGGCACGGAUCAUCUGUAUCGCUGCUGUGCCUGGACUGAAGGGGAGGGAGCGUGGACACGGGGCGGCCGCCGCUCCCACGACGCCCGACCACGACCAGCAGCAGCUGCACAUUUCCAUCUCCCGCUCCUCCCUGGAGAUGACCGACCAACCCGCCGGUCCGGGGGCGGAGCUUGUGCCGUUCGACAGUGACGACACGGACGACGAGGACUCGCCGAGCCCUUCGUCCACGCUGCAGAGUCAAGCCAGUCACUCCACCAUCUCCUCCAACUACGGCAACGAGGAGGCUCCGUGCUCCAAAGACUUGGUCGCCGAGACCACCAGCAGCGAGGAGGAGCAGGAGUUGUCGGCGGCCAGCUCAUACUCCGCCCCGGGGACGUUGACGGUCGGAGGCGGAGGUGGAGGCGGAGGAGGAGGAGGCGGAGGCAGAGCUCACGCGGAAAGCCCGAUGGACGGCCGCGCCAUGCGCCGCUCCUCCAGGGGCUCGUUCACCAGAGCCAGCCUGGAAGACCUGCUCAGCAUCGACCCCGAGGCCUACCAGAGCUCCGUGUGGCUCGGCACCGAAGACGGCUGUAUCCACGUGUACCAGUCCUCGGACAAUAUUCGCAACCGCAAGAACAGCAUGAAGAUGCAGCACGCCGCCUCCAUCUUGUGUAUCGUGUACCUGGACAACAAAGUCUUUGUGUCGCUCGCCAACGGGGAAGUGAUCGUCUACCAGAGAGAAGCAGGCAGUUUCUGGGACCCCCGGUCGUCUCAGACGUUGGUUUUGGGGACGCCCAGCAGUCCCGUCACCAAGAUGGUUCCCGUGGGUGGGAAGCUGUGGUGCGGCUCCCUCAACCGAGUCCUCAUCAUCAACGCAACAAAGCUGGUGCAAGAGCACUGCUUGCAGGUGGGGGCGGACAGCAGCCGCUGCGUGACCUGCAUGGUGGCGUACGGCCAGGGGGUGUGGCUGGCCCUGCAGGGCAGUGCCCAGGUGAGGCUGUACCACGCCCAGACGCGGGAGAGCCUGACGGAGGUGGACGUGGCGCCCGCCGUCCACAAGAUGCUGGCGGGUGCAGACGCCAUCAUCAGGCAGCACAAGGCGGCCUGCCUGAGGAUCACGGCGCUGCUGGCCUGCAAAGACCUCCUCUGGAUCGGAACCAGCGCAGGUGUGGUCCUCACACUGGCGAUACCAGCGGUGACGUCCGGGAUGGGAGCUGCUGUGCUGAAAAACCCCCCGCUUCCCAUGGGCUCCGCACACGGACACACGGGCCACGUUCGAUUCCUGACGUCUAUCGAGCUACCCGAAGGUUCGGGAAUGACGUUCCCGCCUCCGGUGUCGGACUCCAUGGGCAAAGCGUCUCACGGUGUGGACGCUCACCUCCAGCGGCGCGACUCGGCUCGCCGCCGCGCCUCCGCCCACCCGCCCCCGAAAAGCGAGCACCUGGUGAUAUCGGGCGGCGACGGCUACGAGGACUUCCGGCUGAACAACAGCGGCGAGAGCGUGGGCCGCGACGACAGCACCAACCACCUCCUGCUCUGGAGGGCGUGACCUCCUGCCGUGGGGGGCGUGACCUCCUCCCCUGGAGGGCGUGGCCUCCUGCUGUGGAGGGCGUGGCCUCCUGCUGUGGAGGGCGUGGCCUCCUCCCGUGGAGGGCGUGACCUCCUUCUGUGGGGGGCGUGACCUCCUUCUGUGGAGGGCGUGACCUCCUUCUGUGGGGGGCGUGACCUCAUGUGUGGAGGGCGUGACCUCCUGCUGUGGGGGGGCGUGACUUCCUCCCGGCCGCUCACGUCCUCCUUGACUGAAGGAGCGUGGGCGCUGAAGGCGGACCCAAGGUCAGUGGGCGGCGAGUCCACAGUCAUGUACAGUAUUUAUGCCUAGUCAGCACUUAAUUUAUAGGACCCGUGUGGUGGACCUGAGGAGGUCGCUCGUUGCAGACCGAGAACAGAACCCGAGAAAAACCGAAGCCAUUUCUCCCGCAGGAAGUGACACGAGUAAUCCCUUCCAGACGGGAACACGUUUCAUGGAGAACCCAAUAAAGAACCGGGACUCUGUUCCCCAAAGUCGCUCGUCCCGAGUCCCGCGUGGUCCCACUUUUCCUAAACGCUUCGGCAAAAUCCGCUGAUCACUUUCCGACUUGUCGAAAGAAAUGGAGUGAACCCUCUUGUCGGCCAUCCACUGUCCGUGUCUCUGCGGGUGGAGGCGGGGCCGCUAGCACAAACACACUUAAAAUAUUUAAUUUCAAACACACAAUUUUGCAAUCUGCCAGCUAAAAAGAUUUAUAUUUGUGACCAACGUGUUCAUAGCGGUCUUAAAGAGCUCUCAUUUUCUCAGUGGGAAGCGAAAAUGUAGAUUUUUACCGUAAAAAAACUGACAAGUUUAAUCGCCAAAAUUUUACCAUAAAAAUAACUUUUUUUUAUUUACGGUAACGCACUGUAAAUAAUAAAACUGGCCACAAUUUAUCGUAAAAAUUUAAGUGGUACCUUUUUUCCCACUUACAGCAAAGCACUGUAAAAACUGGGAAUUUUACGGUAAAAAAAAAAAUCGUGUUAGCGCAGUGCCCGAAAAUGUACCGAUUUUUUACGCGAAGUUACUGUAAAUUGAUAAACGGCUGUUUUUUUUUUUUUUACGGUAAAAUGUUCGCAACUGAGAUGCCUGUAAAAACUACUGGUGUUGUUUUUACAGCGUAUUGCUGCAAACGGGAAAAACUGCAUGUUAUUUUACAGUCAUGCACUGUAAAAAAAAAUCAAAUGAAAAAUAGACUAUAUUUUACUUUAAAAACCUGACAGUUCAGUCGCCAACAUUUUACCGUUAAAAAAAAAAAAAUGGUACCGUUUUUUUCCCCAUUUACAGUAAUGCACCGUAAAAAAAAAAAGACUACAUUUUAGUGUAAAAAACCGACAGUUCAGUCGCCAAAAUUUUACUGUGAAAAAAAAAAAAAGUUGUACUGUUUUUUUCCAUUUACAGUAGUGGACUGUAAAAAAAAAAACAACCGGAAAUUUUAAGGUAAAAAAAAAAAAAAAAAAAGUUUUAGCGCAGUCUCCAGAAAUGUAUCUUUUUUUUACGCGAAGUUACUGUAAAUUGAAAAACGGCUGUUAUUUUUUUUGUACGGUCAAAUGUUCACAACUGAGAUGCCUGUAAAAACUACUGGUGUUGUUUUUACAAGGUAUUGCUGCAAACGGAAAAACUGCAUCUGUUAUUUUACAGUCAUGCACUGUAAAAAAAAAAUAAAAAGACUAUAUUUUACUUUAAAAAACUGACACUUCAGUCGGCAACAUUUUAACGUAAAAAAAAAAGGUACCGUUGUUUUUCCAUUUACAGUAAUGCACUGUAAAAACAACAACCGGAAAUUUUACGGUAAAAAAUAUAGUGUUAGUGCAGUCUCCAGAAAUGUACCGUUUUUUUAUGCGAAGUUACUGUAAAUUGAAAAACGGCUGUUAUUUUUUUUUUCCGUAAAAUGUUCGCAACUGAGAUACUUGUAAAAACUACUGGUGUUGUUUUUACAAGAUAUUGCCGCAAACGGAAAAACUGCAUCUCUCUUAUUUUACAGUAAUACACUGUAAUAAAAUUAAUAAAUAAAAAAAACAUUAUAUUUUACUGUAAAAAACUGACAGAUCAGUCGCCAAAAUUUUACCGUAAAAAAAAAGUGGUACCGUUUUUUCCAUUUAAAGUAAAUCACUGUAAAAACAACAAUCAAAAAUUUUACGGUUAAAAAAUUUGUGUUCACUCAGUCUCCGGAAAUGUACUGUUUUUUUAUGCAAAAUGACUGUAAAUUGAAAAAUAGCUGUAAAAUUUUGGUUACUGAGCUGCCUGUUUUUGACAAAUUACGGUUGUUUUUACAGUGCAUUACUCUAAAUGGAAAAACUGCAUUUCUGUUAUUUUACAGUAAUGUACUGUAAAAAAAAAAAAAAAGACCAUAUAUUUUACGUUAAAAAAAACGGCAGUUCAGUCGCCAAAAUUUUACCGUAAAAAAAAAUGUGUUACCAUUUUUU